CCGCGUUGCAGCGACUAUGUCGCUGGCUCCGUGCCGCUGGCCACGAGCGUGAGCCAAGUCGGUUGCAAAACAAAUCUCGCCGUGGGCAUGUCGACGAACAAACGGCAGCAAGAGGACUCAGUCGGCGUUGCCUUCCGGCGCAAGUGCGGCCCUGAGGGCAAGUCGGCCUUUCAGAUGCAGGCCAUGACGCGCGUCGCCUGGCGCCCGUCGUCGCCCCGUGACUCGACGCCACCGCGGCGGAGUUUGUUCCGGCAGCGAGCGGCUAUGAAGUUGGCGCUCCGCUGGAUCUGGCGUCGGGCCCACUCGAGGAUGCCAGCCGCUGGGGGAGAGCCGACAUGCCCGUGGAAGUCUGGUGGCGUCUACUUCGGCCGGCCAGGCCAGAUGGAGAUCCAGUGCUCCGUGUGCGACUUCUCCCUCCUGGAGGAGUUA